CUCCCCCCCACACCACUAUGUUAUCCCGCGUCUCCUCUCAGGCAAGCAGAUCCAUCCCCCGCAAUGCCCUCAGGACGAACGUUGCCACGGUUGCCCUCAGGAAUGCUCGUCGCACUCUCGUCCAGCCCUCGGGCGCAGACCGCGCUAGCGUCGUCGACGUGCCCUCUACCUACGAGGGCGAUGAGCAUUUUACGCCCAGAGCAGACAUGCUCGGCUUCAAGCUUGAAAUGCCCCGCCGUGAGGGCACAGUAGGCGAGAAAGUCCGCCCCAUCUACCUCGACAUGCAGGCAACAACCCCCGUCGACCCCCGUGUACUCGACGCCAUGCUCCCAUAUUUUACCGACCAAUACGGCAACCCUCACAGUCGGACACACGCAUACGGCUGGGAGGCCGAAAAGGCCGUGGAGGAUGGGCGUAAGGCACGUGCUGGCGGAACUAAUAUUGCCGACCUCAUUGGUGCCGACCCAAAAGACAUCAUAUUCACCUCGGGCGCGACUGAGUCAAAUAAUAUGGCUAUCAAGGGUGUUGCACGGUUCCAUAAGGACAAAAAGAGGCAUAUCAUCACCACCCAGACGGAACACAAAUGUGUGCUCGACUCUUGUCGGAAGCUGCAAGAAGAGGGAUUCGAUGUGACUUACCUCCCGGUGCAAAAGAAUGGCAUCGUCGACCUCGCUGAGCUGGAGAAGGCCAUUCGGCCAGACACGGCACUGGUUUCCAUCAUGACCGUGAACAACGAGACGGGCGUCAUCCAGCCGAUCAAAGAGAUUGGCGCACUCAUUCGGCGGCAUCGCGGCGUGCACUUCCACACGGAUGCCGCGCAGGCGGCAGGCAAGAUCCCAAUCGACGUGAACGAGAUGAAUGUCGACCUCAUGAGUCUCUCGGGGCACAAGCUGUACGGUCCCAAGGGCAUCGGCGCGUGCUAUGUCCGCAGGCGGCCUCGUGUACGCUUGGAGCCUAUCAUCAACGGCGGUGGACAGGAGCGUGGAUUGAGGAGUGGGACGCUAGCGACGCCACUAGUUGCGGGUAUGGGUGAGGCUGCAAGGAUUGCGAAGCAGGAGAUGGCGCGAGACCAUGCACACGUGAAGGAACUAUCUGAGCGCCUCAUCAAGGGCAUCAACGCGAAAGUGGAGCACGUCGUGCGAAACGGUGACACGAACGGCUAUCCCGGCUGUGUCAACCUUAGCUUCGCGUAUGUCGAGGGCGAGAGUCUGCUCAUGGCGUUGAAGGACAUCGCAUUGUCAUCAGGAAGCGCGUGCACGUCGGCGUCGCUCGAGCCAUCGUACGUGCUUCGCGCACUCGGAGCUGCAGAAGACAUGGCGCAUUCGUCGUUGCGCUUCGGUAUGGGCCGGUUCACGACCGAGGCUGAGGUCGACUACGUGAUUGAGAAGAUCGUUGCCGUUGUGCAGCGGUUGCGGGAUAUGAGCCCGCUGUGGGAGAUGGUUCAGGACGGCAUCGACAUCAGCUCCAUCGACUGGGCGCAGCAUUGA